UGAUCACAUGUAAACACGGAAAUGCCGGUUAUUGGCAUUUCUCUCCUCUCGAGCUGUCAUGCUGAGAGGGGACAUGUCGAGGGGACAUAAGUGCCACCUGUCAGUGUCCAUCAGUGCCAGCAGUCAGUGCUCAUCAGUGCCACAUGCCAGUGCCCAUCAGUGCCACAUCAAUGCCACAUAUCAGUGCAUACCAGUGCACAUCAAUGCCACAUAUCAGUGCCCAUCUGAGCUGCCUUUCAAUGUCACCCAUCAGUGCCAGUCAGUGCCACCUAUCAAUGCCAAUCAGUGCAACCUAUCAGUGCUGCCAAUCAGUGCC